UCAUUUCAGUCAGUCUCCAUCACUCGACAGAUUUUAACUUUUACAAGUCUAAACUACUUCUCAUCAAAUUAUUUCAAAAUGACUGGUCGUGGCAAGGGAGGAAAGGGACUCGGCAAAGGAGGCGCCAAGAGACAUCGCAAAGUCUUGCGUGAUAACAUCCAGGGAAUCACCAAGCCUGCCAUCCGUCGUCUUGCUCGUCGUGGGGGUGUCAAGCGUAUCUCUGGCCUUAUCUACGAAGAGACCCGUGGAGUCCUCAAGGUCUUCCUUGAAAACGUCAUCCGAGAUGCUGUCACCUACACCGAGCACGCCAAGAGGAAGACGGUCACCGCCAUGGACGUCGUCUAUGCCCUCAAGCGACAAGGCCGCACCCUCUACGGAUUCGGCGGUUAAAUUGAUCUCGUCCCUCCCAUCAAGUCAACUUAUCAACAUCUCGUAACCCAACGGCCCUUUUAAGGGCCACCA